ACCAAUGUCCACAUGAUCCAUCCAUACAAAUUCCACACUAUCUUUCCAAACAGAAGCAAACCCAUCAGAAACAACAGAAAUGGCUACCAAACUACUCUUUAAUCCAUCCUAUCUAAAACCCACAACUCCAAAAGCAUCAUCAUCACCCCUCUUCAAACACCAACCAACCAUUCAUACAACUUUAACCUUCUUCAGACUACACCAAACUCCAACCACUGCACUUGGGCAAACUGUGAGGCGGCUGCCACUGCCAGUGGUGGCUGCAUUUUCAGCAAUGCAGCCACUCGACUUGACGGAGGAAAACAUCGACAAGGUUCUAGCUGAUGCCCGCGUUGAGCUGGCUCAGCUCUUUGAUACGUCAGUGGGUAUAACAGGUCAAGUUGAGCUAGCAGAGUUAGAUGGUCCAUUUGUGAAGAUCAGAUUAAGAGGGAAGUUCUGGCAUAUGAGAAGUACAGUUGUUGCUAGGCUUGAAAAUUACUUGAAACAGAGGAUUCCUGAGAUUUUAGAGGUUGAUAUUGAAGAUGAGAAGCAAUUGGAUGAUAGUCCUGCCAAUUUUUAAUGUAAUAGUUGAUUACUACAUAGUCCAUUGUUAACGAGUAUUAUUGAUAUGUUUGUGCAUAAAUUUGAGUAUGGUACUUCGGUUUC